AUGGACGGGCCGAUGCGAUUGAUUACUUCUCAGCAGAUAGAUGCAGAACCUGCUGAGCCAUUGGUCAACUCCGACUUAAUUUCGUUGGCUAGGAGCAAAGACGUCUCUGAAAUCCCGGAAUCGACGGAUAUUUCAAUUGAAGAAUCACAAGGUGACGGUCUAGAAGCCACCGCGUCUCCCGUGGAGGCACAGCCGAAAGUCCAAGGCCAGCGGCAUAGAAGGACGUUUGUUGACUUCGUUGAUCUCCUGCUCAAUCGCCUCGGCCGGACUGUUGUCUUAACAUACACUUACUUGCGGUCCCCUGUCCAAGAGCAGAAGAUCGCAGUUGAAGCAUAUGUUCUUAAGGUCUCGGCCGGCGUACAGCACCCCAAUUCGCAACAGGAAGCGGACAACGACGAGCUCCAUACAGGAUGA